CGCCGCGAGGCCCCCUCCACGGGCGCCGCCAUCUUGGGCGGGCAGCGCGACCCCGUCCCCCUCCCCCAGCGAGGUCAUGCCCUUUGCCCUCUGACCUCUGGCCAAUCUCCCUUUGCCCCCCCUUCCCCCUGCCCAUGGCCCAUAAGGGCGGGGUGGGGUUGCCCCCUCCUGCCCCACCCCCUCCCCCUCGUCCUCCCCCACCCCCAUCCCUGCCUCCCCUGCCCCCAUCGGGGGGCGCCAAGGCCCACUUCCUGAAGGCGGCCCUGGAGCGUGCGGCCCCCCCGCCCGGCACCGGGGAUGACGUGCGGGAGCUGCUGGGGCACCGGCGCGCCAGCUUCAGCGGGCGGCGGAAGUGGCUGCUGUACCACCGCCCCGUGCCGUCCUUGAUCCAGGAGGGGCCCCAGUGCGGGCUGGUGGCGCUGUGGAUGGCGGGCGCCCUCCUCCGCCUGCCCCGGAGCGUCUCGCUGGAGCGCAUCGUGCAGGCGGCGCUGGACAGAGGCUACACGGCGCAGGGGGAGAUGUUCUCAGCGGCGGACAUGGCGAAGCUGGCGGCAGAGGUGUUCCCGUGCCGGGCGGAGCUGCUCACGGGAGGCUUGGAGGGAGCCAACCGGGACAGGAUCCUUUGCCACCUUGCUGCUGGCUGCCCCGUGCUGGUGCCCUACGACGAGGACUCUAACCACGAGCCCUGCCGCCGGCGCGGAUACAAAGCCCACUGGGCUGUCGUUUCGGGAGCCCUUCUGGGUCUGAGGCCCGAUGCGCCAAGCCCGCCCUGCCGCGAGGACGAGGAGAUCCCGGGGCUCUUCCACCCCCGGGGGCCGGGGCCCCUGCCGGCGGGCGUGGAGGAGACCUACCUGCUGGCCAAGCAAGGCAAGAGCUGGCGCUACCAGCUGUGGGGCUACGGGCAGCUGCAGGAGAGCAACGCUCAGCUGACGGACUUCAGCCCCCGGCGGGCGGGCGACGGCAAGGUCUACAUCGUGCCCGCGGGCGGCCUGCAGGAGGGGCUGUGCGGCCAGGCCGUGCUGCUGCACCCCAGGCCCUGACGCCAGGUCAGCAGGGACGUGCCCAGCCCCGGACAGGGCCAAGGGGACGCCUGGGUUCCCCACCUUGAGCUCCAGGAGGUGAGGAGGGAUCCCGGCCUCCUUUAUCCGGUGCUCUGAGGCAGGAGGCACGCUGCCCCGCCAGGCAGGGAAGGGCACCUGGGGACCGGCCCGUGCUUCCCCGGGGAGGGAGAGGAAUGCCAGCCUACACCUGCUCUGCUGCAGAAAGACCUGCGGCCAGAUCUGCGGCUCCAGGAUUGGGCUCAGAAGUCAGCUCAAGACCCGUCCACGAGCCGCGGUAGACCCAGGGACUGCUGGCACCCCGUUUAUCCUAAUAAACGCACUACUUACCUUC